ACAACACCAUCGAGUGUUGGCGACGGUUGAUGAUCUGCGUAACCGGGCAUCUCGAUUUUCUCAAAUAUUAUUCGCAUGCGAAAUGUGAAAAGUGCAACACGAAUGUUCAUUCAAUCAAAUUCUUUCAAGUUUCUUUAAGAUUGGGCUGAGCAGAAACGCGCAAAGCAAUAACAAAAAAGUUGAAUCAUAAAAUUUCUAUCGCAAAUUUAGAAAGCAAGUGUGUGUAUUAAAAACGCAAUACCGGCUCUUAUCGCAAAUUUCGUACAACAAACUAUUAAGUACUACUUCAAAAGUGUUGUGAAAUAUUCCUAUUGAUUGUGAUACCCUCCAAAUCACCAUUGUUUGGGUGAGUUGACUGCAUCCAAUUCCGCAUUAUCAUCUACGUUGCAGCUAACAUAAACAAAGCACAAUGAAAGAUAAACUGGAGGAGCUAAACAAUGACCGAAAGCCAUCGGCGUCGACGAGUGUUCAUCAAAUGGAUAUAGAUGAAUCCGAACUGAAUGAUCCGUUCCAGGCACUGAUGGAAAAGGCCGGCAAUCAUGGACGCUAUCAGACUUUGUACAAUUAUGUGUUUGUAGCGGGUUUGGCUUUUGCCGGUGCCAUGACCUAUAUGAACAUUAUCUUGGCACUCAAUAUACCCGAUCAUUGGUGCACAGUGCCAGGAAGAGAACAAACACAAUUCACAAUCGAACAAUGGCGCGAUUUAACGCUGCCCAAGGAGCCGGAUAAUCGUGGCAAGGCGACGCAUAGUCACUGUGAAAUGUAUGAUAUGAACUUUACACAAAUCAACGAUUGGUCCAGCUGGAACAUUAGCCAGAGAACGAAUCAAACCACAGUUUGCCAGAAUGGCUGGAGCUACGAUACGACUUGGUUCGACAGCACAAUACCCAUGGACGAGAACUGGAUAUGCGCCAAGGAUUUGUUUGUAACAAAUGUGUUCGUUGUGGGUCGUGUGACAGAGGUUGUUGGUUCAUUUAUAUUUGGACAAAUGGGCGACUCGCUUGGUCGCAGUUUCGUCUAUUACAUUAGCGUUGUCUUUUGCUCGGUGGGCCGUCUUGCUUCGAUUUUGUGCACCGGGUCGUAUACGUGGUUUCUCAUCAUGUCCGGCCUCGUUGGGCUCACGGUCAACAGUCUCUUUCAAUCGCCCCAAAUUAUUGGCAUGGAAAUCUCACGGGAGGAGGAUCGCAGUCGCAUUGCGUUCUUUCAGAGUGUCGGCUGGUCAGUGGGCACCACAUUGAUGCCAAUGAUGUUCUGGUGGCUGCGCCAGUGGGAUUCCUUUAUGUGGCUGUCAUCGCUGCCCACAGCGAUGGUUUUAAUUUUCUCCAAAUACGUCAUCGAAUCGCCGCGCUGGUUGAUUAGCAAACGUCGCUUCCGCGAAGCCAUUGUCCAGUUCAAUAAGAUUGCCAAAAUUAAUGGACGCACCUUCGAUGUGACCGAGAAAGAGCUGACCGAAAUCUACAGUAAGGACAAUCAUGAAGUUACCUUUGGCAUUGCCUCGCUAUUUAGCGGAUGGCGCUUGGCGAGGAACACCAUCAUCAUGGGCUUUAGCUGGUGCGUCGUGGCCGUUUCGUACUUCACAUUGGUGCUGUUUGCGUCGCGCAUGGCGGGAAAUCCGUUUUUGAACUUUUUGUACCAGAGCGUUGUUGAAAUUCCCGCCUACAUCAUGGGCAGAUACCUUGGCGACACAUUGGGACGUCGCUUUACCAAUUCGGUGUCCUUUCUCAUUGCCUUUGUCACCUGCAUUCCCAUCGUUAUGUAUGCCACGGAUGAACGUUUCGAGAUGCUGAUGAUCUAUCUGGCCACCUUUAUCAAGUUCCUCAAUGCGUUAACGUUCUUUACGGUCAAUCUGCAGUGCCUCGAAAUCUAUCCGACUUGCAUGCGACAAACCGGUUUGGCAUUGGGCACAAUUCUGGCCAAUGCAAUUGGUGUGCUGGCACCGUAUUUGGUUUAUCUGGGCACAACGGUCGAUAUUUGUGCACCGUACUAUAUAUUGGGCACCCUGUUUCUGCUGGGCGGAAUCGGUGUGCUCUUCCUGCCCGAAACGCUGCACAAGAAGCUUCCAGACACCAUCGAGGAGGCGACCAACUUUGGCAGGCACGAUAAAUUCUUCAGUCUGCCAAAAGCGCCGCUGGCACAGGACAAGAAGCUGCCAUCGGAGCCGGAGUUAACCAAGCUGAAUCAGCCGGCAUUUGCACCAUGAAGCCAAACCAAUGGCAAUGGCAAUUGAUUUGCCACCGCCACCGUUCUCCGUUCUUAUUUUAUUAUUAUAAUAUAUAUAUAAAUUUCGUUUUUUUCCCGUUUUGUGAUGUUACAUUAAGUACGCCCCAAGUAUUACGAAUAAA